AUGUUCGGCCGGAGUCGGGGGCGGCCCGGGGCCUCGCGGGGGCUGGGGCGGCUCCUCCCGCUGCUGCUGCUGCUCGGAGGCGCCGCGGGCCGGAUCCACCGCCUGGUGCUGACGGGCGAGAAGAGGGCUGAUAUCCAUUUGAACACCUUCGGCUUCUACGCGAAUGGCUCCCUGGAGGUGAAUGUGAGCCGGCUGCAUCUCAGCCUUGGCAGUGCCAAGCAGGACAAGCCUUGGGUUGGCUUCAGCUUGUCCAGGACGAGGAUUCGCGAGGCCCUCUCCUACCCAUUUUCCUCUCUGCAGGGAAAGGAAUCUCAUAACUGCACCUUGGAACAAACCGGAACGGAGUCACGAAUCCUCUUCCUCGUUGAUGUCAAACAGAAAAAGGUCCAAGUGCGGCAGCUCGGCGAGCAGAAGAAGCUGCAGAUUUAUUCCGGUCUGCUCCCUGAGGUGCAGAAUGGGGGCUCGGAUAGCAAGGACCAGGCUGCUGCCAAUAAAGGCACAGAAGGACAGCAGAAAGCGCCUGGUAAAGUGCCUGACGCGGAUGACUCCCAGAAGAAGACAGCGGCCGAAGGCAAGCAGCAGGAUUCCAGCCAUGGAGGGGAAAAUCUCUUCCUAGAUCUCGACAGCGUGAAUGACUCCUACAACUUCAGCUUCCACGUAGUGAUCGGCUCGGAGGCGGAAGGGCUGUACAACCUCAACUUUCACAACUGCCAUAACAGAGCCCCGGCAAACCAGAUGCCGUACGACAUCACCGUGAUGAUCCGAGAGAAGAACCCGGACGGGUACCUGUCGGCUGCCGAGAUCCCCCUCAUCAAACUCUAUCUGGUCAUGUCCGCCUGCUUCCUGGCCGCGGCCACUGUGUGGGUCUACUUCCUCUGCCAGCACAAGUUCAGCGUGUUCAAAAUCCACUGGCUCAUGGCUGCCUUAGCAUAUACCAAGGCCCUUUCCCUUCUCUUUCACAGUAUCAACUACUAUUUCAUUAACACCGAGGGUCACCCGAUCGAGAGCUUAGCCGUCAUGUACUUCGUGACCCACCUGCUGAAGGGCGCCCUGCUCUUCAUCACCAUCGCGCUGAUCGGGACAGGCUGGGCCUUCAUCAAGUACAUCCUGUCGGACAAAGAGAAGAAGCUCUUCGUGAUUGUCAUCCCCCUGCAGGUGCUGGCAAACAUCGCUUACAUUAUCAUCGAGUCCUCGGAGGAGGGCAGCAGUGACUAUGCCUCCUGGAAGCAGAUCCUCUUCCUGGUGGACCUGCUCUGCUGUGGGGCCAUCCUCUUCCCUGUGGUGUGGUCCAUCCGCCACCUUCAGGAGGCCUCCAGCACAGAUGGCAAAGCUGCCACAAACCUGGCGAAACUGAAGCUUUUCAGACAUUAUUACGUCAUGGUGGUGUGUUACAUUUACUUCUCCCGUGUCAUUGCCAUCCUGCUCAAAUUCACUGUCCCCUUCCAGUGGCAGUGGCUCUACGAGCUCCUGGUUGAAGUAUCCACCUUGGUUUUCUUCAUCCUAACGGGAUACAAGUUCCGCCCGGCUUCAAACAACCCUUAUCUACAGCUGCCCCAAGAGGAUGAGGAGGAGGAUGAGGAGGAACUGCAGAUGAAUCAGGUGGUCACAGAAGCCGGCAUCCAUGAGGGUCUCUCCAAGCUGAAGAAGAGCAGGGCCGCCCGCGAGGCGGUGUGAGGCCUAUCCACCCAGACUGUUGCUAGCGCUCGGGCCGUGGGGAGGCCGCCGGGUCCAAGCCUGCGGCCUGGCUGAAGAUUCCCAAGCAGGACAGAGAAAUCUGGGGUUUUGUGUUGAAUUCCUGCCUCUCUGCUCCCCUGCCCCACCUUGUGGCAGUGCUAAGAACUGCAUGUCCCUGUGCAGUUCCAGCAGCUGUUCCCAGAACCAGGUCUGUUCUCCGGACUGCAGGAAGUUCAGACGAACUCUGGAUGGCUGAGGGCUGCUGUCUCUUGUACAGGGCGGGGGGUGGGGACUUUGGCCCUUCUCCUUCAAGAGUGGUUUCCAGACCCAAUUCAUGCAUUCCUGCUGUUGGCUUAGAUGCAUCCUCCACCAGCAGCCCCCACCCUCAUCGGCUCUCCUACCCCCUUCUCCUUCACUCCAUUGACUAGCUGGGGCCAACCAGCCUGCCUAGCAAAGGUGGAGCUAGCAUUAAAUGCCAACAUCUGGCUGGGGUCAAAGAGGUCCUGUACCAGUGGGGUGAGUUGAUAGAUCAUUCCCAGGCAGAGGAGAAAUGUCACAAUCUUCAACUGAGACUAAGCUCACCAGCCCGAGGGUUGCUGGUGGUGCUGAGCAACAGGCCAGGAUCUAGACAACAUCUGAGCAGUGAUGCUUGGCUCACCCUCAUCUGGAUGUCGGUGGCCCCCCUGUAGCUGUGGGCCAUGGUUUUCACUCUAGCAGUAGUGGUGCCUCCUUCCUGGGAAAAGCAGUUUUUCAGGGGCAUGCUGCCCCUGGCUUCUUGCUAGACCCUGUCGGGUGGUGGGUUCAGGUGUUAUUGUAGCACCAACUGGGACCUCAGGGCUUGUGUCUUGGUUGCCGAUCUCCCCAGGAGCUGGCUUCGUUCCUGCUCAGAGCCCAGCGCUAGAUCCUGCAGGCUCGGCUCCUGCCCUUGGUUACCUGCGCAGCUCUGUGGAAACUGGGGCUCAGAGCUGGGGCUAAUGGAGGAGAGAACCCGGCUUAAUUUAGCUCCCUGUGAGCUGGGGCAACCACCCUGCUCCUCCAGUGGAACAAGCCUCUUUAACCCUAGACAUAGGGUAGGUGGGACCCGCUGUAUCCCUGCUGCGAUGGGCUCAGCACCCCUGGAACAGCAGGGCCAGUCUAAAGGCAGGGGCAGGCGCUAACCGUGCGAGGCCAGGAAUGAUUUUGGGACCAGGCCCCCGCUUGUGACACUAGCGGAGUUCAGGCUGGGGUAGAAUAGCCAGUGUCCCGAUCUUAAAUGCAUUUAUACAACCUGCCCAGUGGCUGCAAUGUGGGGGAGGGACCUCCCCACAAGGGAGAUCUUACUUCCGGGAUGGGGGUGGGUGACACUACCCUCUUUCUGGCUGCCUGUUACUCUACCAAAUAACUCUGCUCUGGGUUGUGAUGCCCCUAUAAGUGGGGGCUCAACCCCCAACACCUCACCCCACACACACACAUGCACCUUUGAUUUAAAUUCCUCAUUACUGGGAACAGUGGGCCUCAGUGGAUCCCCCAUUGUCUCAGCAGGGUCGGGUCAACAUGCCCACAGUGAAAGGAGUUCCUUGGCUUCGUUGUAACUUGCUACACUGCCUGGCGUGGGAGGUCUCCAGCUUUGACUUAGGGGGGUGGGUGGGCUCUGUGCAUUCCAUGCUCGUGUAUAAAUGGCCCUUUCCGUA